UCUAUUUAGAGCGGGACGGCAGCGCGGUGGUGGCAGCAGCGGAACAGGGGCGAGGGUGCCUCUGCACACCCCACACCUCCCCGCUCCGCUGCGCCCUGCGCUGAGCCAGACCAGCUGCACCGCCGUGUCCUGACCGAAGGCUCCUGGGAUGUCACGCCGCAGGCACCAACCCAAGCCUGGCGACCUUAUCAAGGUCAAGCGAUCAGUUUACCAGCACUGGGCCCUCUACUUGGGGGAUGGAUAUGUCGUCCACCUGACGUCCGCAGAUGAAGGGAUCCAAUGCCUGUCAGCCAGUAGUGACCCAACAUUGAGGAAAAAGGCCAAGGUGAAGAAGCAGCUCCUGAAGGAGGUGGUGGGAACUGAUGACUGGGAGGUCAACAACAAGUAUGACCGCUCCCGCACCCCCCUCCCAGUGAAGGAGAUCAUCGAGCGUGCUGAGAGCUACAUUGGCAGGGAGAUGACCUAUAAUGUGCUCUGGGAAAACUGUGAGCACUUUGUGACAAUGCUCCGCUAUGGUGAGGGGGUCUCUGACCAGGCCACUAGUGGAAUUCUAGAGGUGAUGGAUUUCAGUCGUGAAGUGAUCACUUAUGUACUUGUGGGUGUUGCAGCUCUGGGUUUGACUAGUUUCGGUGUUAGUCCUGUUGCUGCUAUUGUUGCUGCUACUAUUGGUGCUACUGCUGUUACUGGUUUCCUUAAGCUGUUUUUAGGGUCUUCUUCUAGACAAUCGUGGAAUGAGAAAAAGAGCAACUGAUGGGCCAUUUGAAAGACCUCCAAGCUAGGCAGGGAGCCCCUGGCUGUGGGUGGUCAUUGCCCAGUAUUUGCCACACCUGAUACCAAAGACUACCAGCAACUUUGCUACCCUUCCUGCAAUAAUUAAUAAUUAAAAUGUAAUCUAAACAAACAAACUCAUGUUGACCUAAAUUCCUCUUCUAUCUUUUGAGUAUAGUUUUGUGUGCAAGUGCAACAAUUCAGCCUUGCUUCUCUCUUCCAUU